UGCUCACUAUGGGGGAGACAAGGCCUAAGCAGACACGCCACACACACAUCUCCAGCCUCUACCUUCUGAGUGUGUAAUGGCCUCAAGUCCAAGGGGUCCCCACAAGACUAGUGUUCAGGUGCAGCAUGUGUGUGGCCGCAAAAAGACUGCUGGUCCCAAGCACGUUGUCUUCCCAGCCCCUUGGAACACAACCCAGUGAGGUCUCAGCUCAAACUAAGUGUAAAAGAGAAUCUGGGCUGAGGCUCACUGGGUAGUGCACUUGCCUAGCGUAUACAAGGCCCUGGGCUCAACACUCAGCACAGCAGAAACUGGGUGUGCUGGCACACACCUGUCAUCCCCAGCAAUCAGGAGGUGGCAGGGAAGAUCAGGGAUUCAAAGUCAGCCUGGGCUAUAGGCGGCCCUGCCCUGAAAACAGAAAACCAAAAAGAAAGGAAACCCAAGGAGCCACAGAGUCAGCUGUGCAUGCAGAAGGACCUGAGCUCAUGAGAAAGCCAGGCAUGGCCAAAGGUGCCUGUAAGCUUCACACUAGAGAGUACAGACAGGACAGCAGCUGAGGCUCUCUGGCCAGCAACCCUGGCCAGAAGGCAAACUCCAGGUUCAGCCCCUCACUGAAAGGAAUUAUGACCCAGAGUUUACAACCCCACCUAGAAUCCCCAGUGAGGGGCUGUGGGGUGGGUGGUGGUCAGGGUUAGAGCACUUGGCUGGAAUUCCCCAGUGAUGCUGCAGGUAGCUCCCCUGCCUAGAAUGCUUGUCAAGGCCCUGGGCUGCAUCCAUAGUAUGGUUAAAUACUGAGAUAUGAGAGGAGACAACACACUCCCCUUCAUCUGACGGCAGGAGUCCACCCUGGAAACAGGUUCUUCAGACUGGCUUUGUCCUGCCCUGAAGCUCACCUACUCUGAAGGCUAGCACCUCAACAGCCACUUGAACAUGUCUUUGUCUGCUGAGCCUCAGAAUGCAGCCCACGGCCACCAUGGCCACUGAGGCCACCACCGCCGCCACGGUUGCCCUGACGACUUCGUGGGACAAUGCCACUAGCCGCCCCACGGCGGAGCCCGACCCCAUCUUGGACAACUACGUGCUGCUGGUGGUGGUGAUGUCACUGUUCAUCGGGGGCACACUGGUGGUUCUGUCUGGCGUUCUUCUGCUCUGCAAACGGUGCUGGGAGGUGCACCAGCGCUUCAACAGGGCCAUGGAUGAAGCAGAGAAGACCACCACUACCUACCUGGACAACGGCACCCACCCUAUACAAGACCCCGACUGCAGGGGGGAAGACCCCGAGAGCCAGGACACGGAGACAGAGCGCUUCCUAGCCACCAGUUCCACCGGCCGCCGCGUGUCCUUCAACGAGGCUGCCCUGUUUGAACAGAGCCGCAAGGCUCAGGACAAGGGCCGCCGGUAUACCCUGACAGAGGGGGACUUCCAUCACCUCAAGAAUGCCCGUCUCACCCACCUCCACCUGCCGCCCCUCAAGAUUGCUACUAUCCAUGAGUGUGAACCAGGUGAGGCCAGCUCUGUGGCCACACCCCACCCAGCUACCACCCCCAAAGACAGCUUGGCAAUUUUCCAGCCCCCUGGGAAGGCCCUCACUGGCCGAUCAGUGGGUCCCAGCUCUGCCCUGCCAGGUGAUCCCUACAACUCUGUGGACUUCUCGGAGAUCAGCCCCUCGGCCUCCAGUGACUCUGGGGAGGGCACCUCGUUAGAUGCAGGUGUCCGGGGUGCCAAGGCUGCUGGGCCUGGGCCUGGACCUGAGGCAGCACCUGGGGAGAUGGGCACAGGCUCUUCUGGGCCGGGCACUGUGCUGCAAUUCUUCACACGGCUACGCCGCCAUGCCAGCUUGGAUGGGGCCAGCCCCUACUUCAAGGUCAAGAAAUGGAAGCUGGAACCCAGUCAGAGAGCAUCGAGUCUGGACACAAGAGGUUCCCCUAAGCGGCACCACUUUCAGUGGCCCGGGGACUGCCCUCCUGGCCCUCUGGACACGAACUCGAGUCACCCUGGCCACUUCAUGGGGGCCACCUCUCCAGCGCAGACCGGAGAAGGAGGAGGGAAACAGGGAGAGACUGGACUCCGAGGCCUGAAAGGCUCUUCGGUGGUCCCAGCGACCCUUCUACCUACCUGCGCUCCUGAUUCCCUAAUGCACAAACGUGUGGCCGGCAGGGCAGGGCAAGGCCUGCAGGCCCUGACCAAGUGGGCCUGGCCUUGCAGGCUAGAGGCAGCCGAGGCGGCGGGAGGAGCAAGCCCCGAGACUCCCCCGGAGCACAGUUUGGGGCCCGAGCAUGCGCAGCAGCAGGACCCGCAGCAAGAGCAGGACGUCGAGCAUGCACAGUGCAGCUACCGUGACCUGUGGAGCCUUCGUGCUUCCCUCGAGCUCCACGCGGCCACUGCAUCGGACCACAGCAGCAGCGGGAACGACCGCGACUCCGUACGCAGCGGCGACAGCUCAGGCUCAGGCUCCGGGGGCGGCGGCGUAGCACCCGCCUUCCCACCCCCACCGGAGUCUCCUCCUGCUCUGCGGCCUAAGGACGGUGAAGCCCGCCGCCUGCUGCAGAUGGACAGUGGGUAUGCGAGCAUCGAGGGCCGCGGCGCGGGAGACGAAGCCUCCGAAUUUCCCGCUCCAGCCCGCAGCCCUCCACGCAGCCCGCGAGCCUGGCCACGCAGGCCACGCCGUGACUACAGCAUAGACGAGAAGACGGACGCGCUUUUCCACGAGUUUCUGCGCCACGACCCGCAUUUCGAUGAUGCACCACGCCAUCGCGCACGAGCGCACCCUCACGCCCAUGCGCGUAAACAGUGGCAGCAAAGAGGCCGGCAGCACAGCGACCCCGGCGGCGCACGCGUGGCCACGCCCCCCGGGGUGGUGCGUCCCGCUCGUGCGCCCUUGCGGCGUGGCGACAGCGUCGAUUGUCCUCCCGAAGGCCGUGCACUGCCAACCACGGGGGACGACACGUCCAUCCCGGUCAUCGAGGAGGAGCCCGGCAGCGGAAGCGGUAGUUGCCCAGGCUCUGGGCUGUGUGUCGAGCCCGCCGGGGCGCUGCUGGACAAGCUGGCAGCCAGCCUCGACGAGAGACUCUUCGCGCCCCGUCUCCCUGAGCCUGUUGCCUCAUCCCCGGUGCUGAUCGUCGCUGCUGCUGCCCCCACGUCCCCUGACCACAGCCCGGCCUAAAGCUCUGUGAACUCGACCCGCCUCUCGGCAGCUUCUCUGGUGGUAUGUGGGGCCGCUGCGGGGACGGCGGCGACAGCGGGGAACCCAGGGUUGCCGUGCAUGUGCACACAGCCCAGUCCCAACUGCGCACGUGGCAGUGUUACCUCGGGCACUUCGCGGGUCGCAGCGGCCUCCCAGGGCGCGAGGCCCCAGGACCCUGACUCAGCUGCAGGGAGGAUGCAGAGUUCCGACUCUCCAGUCCUUACUUGAUGGACCAUGGCACCCAGCCUCGCCGCGGAGGCGGGUGAAACAGGUUGUUCUGAAAAGCAUGUGUAGCCUCCCUCCAGGAUCAGCAAACCACCAUUCGUGAGCUCGUGCUGGCGGUGCCAUUGCCUGCCAACCGCAUGUGUGAACCUUCUGGAGGGGAAGGGACAGUAGGGCACUGAGGAUCAGAGAGAAGCUCGCCGCGCCAAACCCCGAAUCUGUUUUACCUCAUCGUGGUGUGCUCAGGCAGCAGCCGUACAGCACCGUACCCUCCCUCUCCGAGCAAUAAUCAGCCUCCUGCUCUCAGCAUGUGCACAGGACCCCCUCCCCCAACUCCUCCCCAAGCCUUGGGCUUUGAACACGCGGACAGAAAGGCCCAGGCAGCAGCUUCAAGUUUCCCAAGCUUUAUUUAUUGCCAAAAUAUAGGGCGGCCUCGCUGUGAGUGCCCACCCACUCCCUGCCCUCUGUGGGUAGUUGUGUUGUCUGGUUGAUCAUAAAUGUCUCUGCAUAUUCGCUUGCUCUGGGUUUUCUCUGCAGGCCUGCAGUGCGCCUCGCCUGCUCCACAUUCCCAAACACCCUCACAGCCACAGCUCAAAUCCACCUGUUUU